AAUUACUACAUUUAAAUUUGGUUUCUUUCAUUUAGCAUCCACAAACCAAUUUCUUUUCACGCUACUAAACACGGAGCCGUCACAUCAAUGCUUCCUACCCUGAACGAAUUGAAUAGCAACAUGCACAGCUAUGCGCUUUCACACACGCCAAAAAGCAGUCUCAAGAUCAACGAGCAUGACUUAAAAUUCUUAGCGUUGGAAGCGCCGAAGAACGUUGAAACCCGAGACUCCAUGUUGAAUUACAUUCUCCCCGAAGAGCAUAAGAGCGGACUGAAAAGCAUUCAGAACUCCUUUGCGGACUACGCGCUGCCCGUGAAACUUAAACACGGCUGGCCUUUGCAGCAAUUCUCACAGCCGGAAACAUCACUCGGCUAUGCUCCGCUGUCUUUGGCUGGAAAGACGAAACUCGUUUUACCAAAUAUACCCAUCGCACCCAUUUCUUGGCCAAUAGAAAUUGAAAGCGACAUUCCCGCAAUGCUACCAUUGAAAUCUAUAACAAUGUCCGACGCUGUAACAGAGAACAAGUUGCCGCUCGGCAUUAACUUACCUGUGGACUUUACGGCAAGCAUGCCAAAUAGUCUGACUUCAAGUACACCCAAUGGUAUAUCUGGAAGCAUAACUGGUGGCAUAUCAACGAGCAUACCUGGUGGCAUGACAGCGGACAUACCUGCAAGCAUGCCAACUUUGAACCUCGGGCAAAGUUUACAUCACGUGGCACAAUUACGACAAACUCAAGAGGCAAGAGAUCCGUGGUACCCCACAGGUAUCUUAGUUCUAUACUAA